UGUAUGGGAUUGUCUGCAUGCAUGUGGCUCCAGGCUGUCAUGGACUUUUGCUCUGUGAUGUCAGUGAUGUCCUGAUCACUGCUGCCCGUCCAAGUGAUAAGCACACAGGCAGGGCUGGCCCAGUCAGAGGCUCCUGCACAGUGGGACUGCUGUGGAGGGCUCAAUAAUUUGGAUUAUUCCAAGAUUGACGUCUCCAUCAUGGCCGACUUGUCUCAGUAUGUGGACCUGAAAGAGUACAACUUCGUGUUUGCUGCAGCCUGCAUAAUAUUCAACCCGCUCUUCUGGAACGUGGUGGCGAGAUGGGAGUACAGGACGCACGCCCUUUCCAGGCUUUUCAGGUCUUCGUAUAUUGGCUGCUACAGUCUAGGAGCCGUUAUUAUAUCCCUCGCGCUCUACAGAAGUCACUGCUUUACAGAAGCCAUGGCCUUCCAACCCCAGUCCGAGAUCCUGAAAAGGCGCGAGUUUUAUUACAUGGGGGCGGCUCUAGUUGCCGUGGGCGGUGUUCUCGUCAUUUCAAGCUUCCUGGCGUUAGGAUUUGUCGGGACAUAUUUAGGAGAUUACUUUGGAAUCUUAAUGGAUAAGAAAGUCACCGGCUUCCCGUUCAAUGUCAUUGAAAAUCCAAUGUACUGGGGCAGCACAGCAAAUUACCUGGGGCUAGCUUUGAUGAACUCCAGCCCGGCAGGUCUCGUUCUCACAGCGGUGGUUGCCGUUUGCUACAAAAUCGCCAUCUUGUUUGAAGGUCCAUUUACGGAGGAAAUUUACAGGACGAAAGAGAAAUCCAAGAAGUGAAUUAUCGGACUGAAAUCGCCAUCUCCGCAGACGAAGUCAUUCCAGC